AAGUUUGGAGGUGGAUCCUUGAUGAUGUGGGGCUGUAUGGGCUGGGAUGGUGUGGGCAUUCUGGAGGAUGAGCUGCAGAAUAGCCUGGAGGAUUGGGGCAAAACUGUGGAGGAUGUGGUGUUUCAGCAUGACCCCAAGCACACCAGCAAGAAGGCCAAG